ACUGCUUUGGCAGAUCAGUAACAGGUGGAAAUCAAAGAGUAACGGUUGUGAAGAAAACGUUAAAGCGUGAAAGAAAAUUUAAAAUUGUCUCAAGCAAUUAGAACUUACUUCACAGAAUAAGAACUUCAAAGGAUCAGUGUGUGUAAAAUGACAGCGAAUUCUCUACUCUCUCUGUUGGUGGCAGCAAUUGCCAUCACCACCGUCUUGACACAAACGCCCAUCGAUUGGCAGCCAUUGCUCGAGCAGCAAAACUUGGUGCUACGCCAAGUGGUGCAGACAUUGCAUUUGACGCGUGGCGGACCGGUCGGACCCGAGGAGACCGAUGCCUGUUUCGAUUGGUAUUUGAAUAAUCAGACCGCAAUCAAUGAGGUGUACUAUAAGGAGUACAAUGGUUGCAUCAGUGCGGCAACGGCGGCAAGGAAAGUGUUGUCGGCACAAAGUGCCGUGGAACGACAAGAUCUUUUGAAUGAUGGUCAUGAGAUAUGCUCAGCGCUAAACGCUUGUGAAAGUGUCGUCGAUGGUUUGCAGUUCUUCCAGUGUUACAAUAGAGCGUCUAGCAGUAGCAGCCCCAAUUUGUUUAAUAUAACCGUGACUUCGGAGCGCAUAGCUGACAAAUUGACAAUUUCAUAUCAAGCCAUCAAUGACACCGAACGUGUAUGCACCACACAGGCGCGUGUACAGAAUGUCAACGACUUGGGUGUGAGUAGAGCGAUUCUCAAUAAUUGUUUGAAUGGCGAUUGGAGCCCACCAAAUGGUCAGGAAGUACCACCACCAGCAACCGAACCACCAGCAAAACCCGAAGUCACCGAGGCUCCCACCGAAAGCGAUGAAGUAACUAAAGAGUCAGAUGGAAAACAUGGGUUACUCGAGGAAGACAUAUAUAGUUAUGGGCCAAGGUCACGCUUGCCCAAAAGAGAAGCUGUUAGACGUUUGUAGGCGUGUGAGGAAAGAAAAUGUUAUGCAGAAAACUAUUUUAUAAUUUUCAAAUAAAGUAACAUUAUUAUUAUAGCAUUUGCACAGCAAAAA